AUGGCUCAGGUGGUUGCUACUAGAUCGAUUCAAGGGUCUCUGUUAUGUCCCAACGGUGGAUCUGUGUCUACGAGAUCCGAUAAGUUUUUGAAGCCGGCGAGUUUUGCAGUGAAGGUUCUGGGAAACGAAGUGAAGAGGAGUGGAAGAGUCGCUUUAAGAAGCAGAAGAGUGGUUGAUACUACUGUGAGAUCUGCUCGUGUCGAGACUGAAGUUAUUCCAGUGUCUCCCGAGGAUGUUCCUAAUAGAGAGGCGCAGCUGGAGCGGUUGUUGGAAAUGCAACAGUUUGGUGACACAUCCGUAGGAAUGUGGUCGAAACCGACAGUAAGGAGGAAGACGAAGAUUGUUUGUACUGUUGGUCCUUCUACCAACACACGAGAAAUGAUAUGGAAACUGGCUGAAGCUGGGAUGAAUGUUGCUCGGAUGAACAUGUCUCACGGGGAUCAUGCUUCGCAUAAGAAAGUUAUCGAUUUGGUUAAAGAAUACAAUGCACAAUCUAAAGACAACACCAUUGCUAUCAUGCUCGACACCAAGGGCCCAGAAGUUAGGAGUGGAGAUUUACCUCAACCGAUUAUGUUAAAUACCGGUCAAGAGUUUACUUUUACAAUUGAGAGAGGAGUCAGCACACCAACUUGUGUCAGUGUUAACUAUGAUGAUUUUGUCAAUGACGUGGAAGCGGGUGACAUGCUCCUUGUUGAUGGUGGUAUGAUGUCAUUUAUGGUGAAGUCUAAGACUAAAGACUCUGUCAAAUGUGAAGUUGUUGAUGGUGGAGAACUUAAGUCAAGGAGACACUUGAAUGUCCGAGGAAAAAGUGCAACAUUACCUUCAAUCACUGAGAAGGAUUGGGAGGAUAUUAAAUUUGGAGUGGAGAACAAAGUUGACUUUUAUGCAGUUUCCUUUGUCAAAGAUGCACAAGUGGUACAUGAAUUGAAGAAUUACCUUCAAAGUUGUGGGGCUGAUAUACAUGUGAUUGUUAAAAUUGAAAGUGCAGACUCCAUACCUAACUUGCAUUCCAUUAUCACUGCAUCUGAUGGGGCAAUGGUUGCAAGAGGUGAUCUUGGUGCAGAGCUUCCUAUUGAAGAAGUCCCCAUUCUUCAGGAGAGGAUCAUUAACCUAUGCCGUAGCAUGGGAAAGGCUGUUAUUGUUGCGACUAAUAUGCUUGAGAGUAUGAUAGUUCAUCCAACUCCAACCAGGGCAGAGGUCUCAGACAUUGCUAUUGCUGUUAGAGAAGGUGCUGAUGCAGUAAUGCUUUCAGGAGAAACUGCUCACGGAAAGUUCCCAUUGAAAGCUGCUGGAGUGAUGCACACGGUUGCAUUGCGAACAGAAGCAACCAUUACUACCAGUGGUGAAAUGCCACCUAAUCUUGGCCAAGCCUUCAAAAACCAUAUGAGUGAGAUGUUUGCAUACCAUGCAACCUCGAUGUCAAACACACUUGGAACUUCAACUGUUGUCUUCACAAGAACUGGGUUUAUGGCCAUACUACUAAGUCAUUAUCGUCCUUCCGGCACAAUCUAUGCCUUCACAAAUGAGAAAAGAAUACAGCAAAGAUUAGCCUUGUAUCAAGGUGUAUGCCCCAUAUAUAUGGAGUUCUCAGAUGAUGCAGAAGACACUUUCGCGAAUGCUUUGGCUACACUACUGAAACAAGGAAUGGUGAAGAAAGGAGAGGAAAUAGCGAUUGUACAGAGCGGGUCACAACCAAUCUGGCGAUCCCAAUCGACUCAUAACAUCCAAGUCCGCAAGGUGUAA